AUGAUAGUGACGUUCUAUCUGAAGAAUGGCGACAUGAGCUCGAGCUCGGGCCGGGUCAACAAGCAUUCCCCGAAGCGGACCGCCGUCGCCGACAUGAAGAAGAUGAGACGCUCAAAGCUCGGGUGUCUCCCCUGCAAAAUCAGAAAGAAAAAAUGUGACGAACAGAAACCCGUUUGCGGCGACUGCUCCCGUUUAUCCAAAGAAUGUACUUGGAUCGACUACGAAAACAUGCUGGAGGACGAGAUCAAGAACCUCCGCGAGAAGACCCGCGAGGAAGAAUCAAAACAUAAACUCCGCCAGCGGCGCCCGAAAAAAGACCCAGCGGUUUCAGAAGCGGCUACGGUACAACCGUCACCAGCUGCUAGCCACAUUCCGUACUUACCUACCCAGACAAAUACGCCACAAAUCGCUGUUGGAACUCCUCCACAACCAGACACUUCCGCGCUUGAUUUAGACUACGACGAUGCCGAAUCCAGGCUGCCACUGGCCUUCCUCCUGUUCUUGAAAGAUUUAACUAAUUACCAGCCCGAUCAGCCUCGAUUAACUGAAGUAUACGAUGAGGGAGAAGCUCCUGAUACUAAUGAAGACCAGCAGAUACGCGAUAUCGUCAAGCUGCCGAGCUUCCUGUCGCUCAUGGAGCUGUUCUCCUACGACCCUGUCACCUCCAGCUAUAAUCACUUAAACGCUAGCAAUAGUUUAAGUUUGAGCCAGAGCAAUUACCAUAACUUUGUUGCCCAAGUGAACCAGAUCCUCACGCCAUUACUGACCCAGGAGCCAAGCUAUAUGCCUGAUUUAAUCCUGGGCACCGCCAACUACUUGUAUUCAUACUACGUGGAGACGUUAUCGCAACAGGUGCUGAUUGCCCCUAAUUCUCAGGACGGCUCCAAUUCGUACCAAAAAGUGUUCCUUCCCUUGGCACACAAAAACCAGGGUGUUCUCUACGCCAUUCUCGGCUGGGCCGGGUUUCAUCUUGGCGGCGAAUGGCAGGUGGAAGGGGCAAAGUAUACCGAAAUGGCCAUCGAGCAAAUCAAUAAGGAAUUGUUCAAUGACCCCGUGACCGAUAUCAGUCGCCCGCUGCUACAGUCGACAUCGUUAGCCAAGAUGGAUCGUGACCAAAUCUUAGUGAAAUUGGCGACACUUCUCAUCUUAUGUGGCUCAGAGAUUUGUCGGGGUGACGUCAAAAACUGGUCCAUCUUCCUCAAAUGGGGGUGGAAGCUAUUGGCAGCCAACGGAGGCAUUCUUCAGUUUAAUAAGUCAAAAGAAGAACACUGGCUCAUCUCUAAUUUCGCCUACCACGACUUGUUGCUGUCGCUGUCAAACGAACGUGGCACGUAUUUUGACCUGAAGGAGUACGACGAGAUCUUUCUCGAUAAGCAAGGGUGGUCUCGCGGCAGUUUGAACCCGUUGCUUGGUGUUGCCAAGCGGCUUAUCCGCAUCAUCGGCGAUAUCCUGACAUUGUUGUACGACUCGAAGCGGCUGCUUAACUCGUACUAUAACCGUGACUUGAGCCCCUUCCAUGUUAGUGACGACGAUGUGGCGCUGGAAGGCAGUGAGCACGGGAUGAUCUCGCGACUUUUGUUGCUGGUGAUUGAAAAAGCCAAGCACUUGGAGACGGAAAUUGAAAACUGUGUGGCUGAUCCGCUAGAUUUGGUGGGGCUUACCGACGAAGAGAUGGAGCUUCAGCUUACGAUGUUUGAAGCGUUCCAAAUAAGCGCCAAAUUGUUCCUCAAACAGCUGAUCAUGAAGUGUAACCCGCUGAUGCUCGAGUGUCAAGUGCUUAAUAACGACUUAAUCAAGUGUCUCGACAUUCUUGUGGGUACAGGAGUGCAACUGGCGCUUGUGUUCCCUUGGUUUAUGGCCGGUAUCCAUCUGGUGACCCCUCAUGACCGCAACUUGAUGAGAAAGCGGUUUGACAACUUCAGCAAACACUACGGCAUGUGGAACGUCAGUCGCGCCAAGUACGUGAUGGAACGAGUGUGGGAGCAGAAUCUCCAUGGCAACAACGUGGUUGACUGGUACGCCAUCCUUAAAGACUUGGACUGGGAUAUCAGUUUCGCAUAG